GCUGCCGAACUCAAAACGGAGCUGGUCCGUGUGCAGCAAACUGAGGAACAGUUACGAGCGAAGACUCAGCGAGCCGUGGCUCAUCUGCAGGAUGUUGAAGCCGAGUUGAGCAAGGUUCGUUCUCGGAAUGAGACGCUUGAGAAGAAACAGCAGAGGUUCGAUGCCGAUAUUCGUGCCAUUGAAGAACAGUUGAAGGAAGUUAAGGAAAGCAAGGAAAAGGCCGAGAAGGAAAGAGAUGAGUACCAGUUGACGGCGUCAAGGAAAGGUAACGAACUUCAGCUACGAACGACAGUGGCGCGAUUGAAGCGCGAAGCCGAAGAGCGAGUAGAUGCUGCUAGUGGAGGAGAACAGUUGGCAACUCUUCAGAAGGCUAAAAGAGAGCUGGAGAAUAAGCUGCGUGAGCAGGAGGAGGAAUUGGACGAUUUGGCGGGGACCAACCAGCAACUGCAACAGCAAAUCACUCGCUUGGAAAUGGGAGCUGAGCGACCUCAAAGCGGAUUUGUCUCAACAUUAGAGGAUCAGCUGGCUGAUUUGCAAGACACGAAUUCCUCGCUUGUCAAAGAGAAUCGUGUACUGGAAGCGAGAGCAAGGCAGUAUGACUUGAAUACGCAAAGCUUUGAAUUCUCCGGGGAACAUUAUCGUCGUGAACUGAGGAAGGCGUUGGCGCUUUUGGCUGAUACUCAAACCCUUUUGGCUCACGAGAGAGAGUCCGCUCCUUCUCAAUCUUUACUCCGACAACUAAGAGACCAGUUGGAAGAUGCGGAGGCUGCAAAGAUGAGCGCGUUGAAAGGUCGUCAUGGAUUGGAAAGCGAGUUGAAUGAAGUUCGAGUCCAGCUCGAGCAAGCGUUGGUGGCUAAAAGUGCCGCCGAAGACAGGGCCCUGAUUCUUCUGAAAGAGAAAAACAGUGGCAUGGCACUCAUCGAAGAAAAAGAUGAGCAGUAUCAGCAGCUAAUGAGAAAGUACAAAGCGGCCAUUCAGCAGACUCAUCUCGAUCACAUAGCCAUAGCGGAUCAUAUAGAACAGAUUGCCGAGCUGGAGAAGGCAAAACAGAAACUCACCGAGCAGUUAAACGAGGAGACAUCCAACGCGGCAUUCCUGGCCCAGCAUACGUCUAUAGUCAUCAAACUGAGAGAUGAAGUUGAUUCAUUGCAAGAGCAAAUCACAGAAGCGGGUUCCAGUCGAGACAAGGAGAAUGAAGCGCUCAGAAAGGCUAGAAAGGAGAACCAGCAGUUGCAAGAAACAAUCGAAGAGUUGCAGAAGCGAGACCUGGAUUCUGCGCAUAAGAAGAAAUCUUCACGUGACGAAAUUGAUCGUUUGGAAGAAUCGAAUAAGACGCUCAACGCGGAACUCAAGUUGGCACAGCGACGGAUCGAGAGUCUGCAGGCGGCCUUGAGUGAGGGCUUGGGUGAUGAUUCGGAUGCUGAGAGUGAGAGUGAGCGGCUUUUGGAUGACGGAAGAAGCACAGGCAUGAACAUCCUUUAA